GUUGAGCUAUGUGCUGGGCAGGGGAAAGCUCUCAGGUCCCAUCGGUAUGUUCAUCCAAGCAGCAGCAGUGGAUGUGAACGACUUAGUGUCUUGACACCAUCGGUGUAGCUCCACUUCCAACUAGAAGGUGUCUGUUGUAUUCCACUUAAGUGGGCCAGAGAUGAUUGACUUGGGCCUCACCGACGGCAGCCUGAUCGAUGAGUUGAUGGUGCUAACAUCGCAGAGCCUUGGGCAACUGGAGAUCCAAGAACACUUCAACGUCAUUAAGGAGAUCGGCCGAGGAAAAUAUGGCAAAGUGUUGCUGGUCACACAUCGCUUUAAGGGGACUCCCAUGGCUUUGAAAGUAAUGCCGAAAACCUCAACUAAACUCCAGGGCUUCCUGCGAGAGUACUGUAUCUCCUUGCAUCUGUCCAGCCACCCCUGCAUCGUGGGUUUGUUUGGCAUCGCCUUCCAGUCGAGUGAGCACUACUGCUUUGCCCAGGAGCUUGUAAUUGGAAGGGAUUUGUUUGCUGUCAUUCAGCCCAAGGUGGGGAUUCCUGAGCCAUCUGCUAAACGUUGCGUGGUCCAGAUUGCCAGUGCUUUGGAGUUCAUCCACAGCCGCGGCCUGGUCCACCGUGAUGUCAAGCCUGAGAACAUCCUUCUACUGGAUCAUGACUGCUGCCAGGUCAAGCUGGCAGACUUUGGCCUUGCCCAAAAGAGGGGUACUCUAAUCAGUUUCAUCACAGGGACCCUGCCUUAUAUGGCCCCUGAGCUUUGCAGCGUUGCUCUCUUGGAGGGCCAAAAAGAAGUCACUGCUCCUCCACUCAGUGUGGAGCCAAGUCUUGACACUUGGGCCUUUGGGGUGCUUAUAUUCUGCAUCUUGACGGGUUACUUUCCUUGGGAGCGUUGCAUGGACACGGAUGACUGCUACCAGGAGUUUGCUGAUUGGUUAAGAUUGGGAGAGAACGCUGAGGAGGACAAUCCUCAGUUGUGGAAAAAGUUCACCCCAGAAGCUAUGGAGUUGUUCAGUAAGCUCCUGGCUGUGGAUGCCGAAAAAAGGUGCACUGAAGGGGUGGUGAAAAAAUAUGUAGGGGAAGCUUGGCUUAAGAAGGAAUAUGGGAUGGAAGAGCAGCAGCCAGUUAAACAAGGCAAAGUAUAAUGCUAGUCAUAAAAAGCUAAGCAAUACGAAAAAUUCCAUUUGCUGGACGUUUUAAAUCAAUCCCUGAAUUGGUUAGAAAAUGAAUGAAUGAGUUAUAAAAAUGUACAAAACAAUCUAUUGCUGCUUUGGUCAAAAUGUUGUCAAAAGUACAGUAUAGUUAACUUGCAUUUAAAUUAAUCAAUGUCAUCUUUUAAAAUUUGUUCAGUUAUUGUGUUUAUUUUGUAUAUUUUUAUUGAACAUGAAUUAGAUCCAGAACAAGUCUUUGAGACAUUUGUAUCAUCAUUUUAAAAAUCCGCCAGUGUACUUUUGAAAAGGUAAAUGAGCCAGAAAUGUAUCACAAGUGUCAUAAAUAAGCAGGGCAAAGCCCUGUAGUAUGCACAUGUUCCUUUGCUUUCUUCUGUUUACUUGACAACAGUCUGGCAAGAUACGACACUCUGGUUGGGAUGUGCAAGGCUGAGCGGUGUUAGCAUUGCAUUUGCCUGAGUGGAUUGCAAUAAAGAAGCCGCAGAGGUCACCCUGAGGAGUGAAAAUCUUUUAACUGUGUCACUUGAAUAUAAUAUAUAGGCUUAGGCUUGGACCUUUUUUGAAUAAUUUGAGCGAUAGAUACAAACUCCCAUGUAAGGGCUUGAUUCAGUCUCUUAAAUAUGUGUAGUUUAAUUAAUUAAGGAGUAUGGAAUUUUG